AUGGCUAAUACCCUCAACAAGAGAGAAGAGGGGACACUUCCAAGUCAGCCGGUGGCCAACCCGAAAGGACAUUACAUGGUAGAAGGCAAUACUUCACAUCACCAACAAGUUCAAGCCAUCACCACAUUGCGUAGUGGAAGAAGGGUCGACAAUUAUGUGCAAGAAAAGGUGGAUGAGCAAACUGAGAUCCCACAGAAUCUGCAGAAGGACAAGGGUAAGCAAGUAAACAUUGAGGCCUCUUCUUCAUCAGCUCCCACUCUUGAGAUACCAUAUGAGCCUCAGGUUCCAUUCCCGGAACGUCUCAAGGCACCUUCUCACUUUGGGAAACAAGGAGAGAAAAUACAAGAUAUGAUGGAGGUAUUCAAACAGGUAAAAAUCAACCUUCCACUCCUUGAUGCCAUCAAGCAAGUACCUGCCUAUGCAAAAUUCCUCAAGGACUUGUGUACUCAGAAAAGGAAAAGUAGAAAUCAUAUUCCCAAGAAAGUACUUCUUACUGAGCAUGUGAGUUCCCUAAUUCAACACAACACUCCUCCGAAGUUCAAGGAUCCUGGAUCCCCUACAAUUUCAUGUAUCAUCGGACAGAGUGAGGUUGAUAAAGCACUCCUAGAUCUAGGAGCUGGUGUGAAUUUACUUCCCUAUUCAGUGUAUCAGCAACUUGGCCUAGGGGAACUGAAGCCCACCACAGUAAUUCUACAGUUGGCUGAUCGGUCUAUUAAGAAACCAAGAGGGGUAAUAGAAGAUGUCAUCAUCAAAGUAGAUAAGUUUUUCUUCCCAGUGGACUUCAUCGUACUUGACACUGAGCCCGUUCCCAAUCCUGAGAAGCUGAUCCCGGUCAUCCUUGGGCGCCCUUUCUUAGCCACGGCCAAUGCAUGCAUCAACUGUCGUACAGGAGUCAUGGAGAUCUCCUUUGGUAAUAUGAAGGUCAGGUUAAAUAUCUUCACUGCAUUCCAGCAUGCACCUGAUCAGAAUGAGUGUUUCUUUGUGGACAACAUUGAAGAAUAUGUAGAAGAUUCACUCCCCAUUAUUUUGGCAAAGGAUCCUUUGGAAGACUGCCUAACUCACUUUGGCUCUAAAGACUUCAACACCAAUCAAUACAUUGAUGAGGUAAAUGCCUUGCUAGAGACAACUGCCAGUGCAGAUUUUUAUCCAUGGAGACUACCCAAGGAGCCCCUACCUCCAACUUCAAGCACUCCUCCCGUUCCUUCCCUUGAGUCUCCACCGAAGCUUGAAUUGAAGCCACUGCCAGACAAGCUCAAGUAUGCCUUCCUCGGCUCUAAUGAUACCUUGCCGGUCAUCAUUGCUUCAGAUCUACAAAAGGACCAAGAAGACAGUUUAUUAGCAGUAUUGAAGAAGCAUAAAGAGGCUAUUGGAUGGACUGUAGCUGAUUUGAAGGGCAUAGACCCCUCCAUCUGUAUGCACCGGAUUCAUUUAGAGGAAGAUGCUCGACCGUCUCGUGAGGCACAGCGCCGGCUGAAUCCCAAUAUGAAGGAAGUAGUGAUGAAGGAGGUGGUCAAAUUACUUGAUGCAGGUAUCAUCUACCCUAUCUCCGAUAGCAAGUGGGUGAGCCCCACCCAAGUGGUUCCAAAAAAGUCUGGCAUCACAGUGGUAGAGAACUCAGUUGGCGAAUUGAUUCCCCAGCACACAACCACGGGAUGGCGCGUCUGUAUUGACUACCGCAAGCUCAACUCCCAUACUCGGAAGGAUCACUUUCCACUCCCAUUCAUUGAUCAGAUCCUGGAACGUCUUGCUGGCCAAAGCUACUACUGUUUCCUAGAUGGGUACUCCGGGUAUAAUCAAGUGGCAGUUGAUCCCCAAGACCAAGAGAAGACGACCUUUACCUGCCCUUUUGGUACUUUCGCUUAUAGGCGCAUGCCCUUUGGAUUAUGCAAUGCACCUGCCACUUUUCAGCGAUGCAUGAUGUCGAUCUUCUCAGACAUGGUAGAAAAAUUUUUAGAGGUAUUUAUGGAUGAUUUCUCUGUUUUUGGUUCCUCCUUUGAUACAUGUCUCCACAAUCUAUCACUUGUGCUUCAACGUUGCAAAGAAACAGAUCUAAUCUUAAGCUAG